UAUGACGGUGCAUGGCGUUCUCUAAAAUUAUUGAAUUUUGCAUCGAUCGUAUUCUUCCUCAAAUUUAACCCUAACAAAUUAUUUUAUUGUUUUUUGCAUUUCCUGUAUAGGAUAUAAUGUAUUAUUGAAGUUUGCCUAAACCGACUGGUGGAUAUUUGAGAAAAAUGUCAAAAGUUACGAAAAAUAUUGUCGUUUUGGAUAGAGGAAAUUACACAACUUGUUCUGUGCAUUUACAUGGAGGAACUAUCUUGUCCUAUAGAGUUAAAAAUAAGGAGAUUCUUUACAUGAGGAAGAAAACUGCUUUUAAUCAUUUUGCCCCAAUCAGUGGAGGCAUAAAGUUCACAUUUCCAUAUUUUGGUGCGCAGUCUUAUGGUCCAAAGCACGGGUUUGCGAGGUAUGUUCCAUGGAAUCUGGAGCAGGGACCAACAGUGAGGAAAGAUGGAAAUGUAGAGGCAGUUUUCACGCUAGUGGAAUCUGAAUAUACCAAAGCGAUUUGGAAUUAUAAAUUUAAAAUCAGCGUUAGAUUGACGCUUUGCAUUAGCGAACUGCGUGUGUCCGUUAAAGUAGCAAAUACCAGCAAAUAUUUUCCAUUCCGGUUCACGAUUUUGAGGCAUUCGAUUUUUAAAGUGGAGGACGUUAGGAAGUGCGAGAUUUAUGGACUAUCUGGCUGCAAAUAUGUGCGGUUAAACGAAAAUAUGACUACCACAUUGGAUCCUGAACCUGAUAUGGAAAAACUUGUUAUUCGACGACCGUACUUGGAUUUAUUUCUCGAAACUCCUUCCGAAAUCGAAUUGAGAAACAUUGACGCCCAUGGACUGAAAUUACGACUAAAAACGACUGAUGCAACCUCAACAGACGUUCUUAUUUGCAACCCAUGGGAAGGUAACAGUUUGAACAGCGAAGAUCAAAACAUUAGCGCUGAUGAGUAUUUGCACUGUCUGGGAGUGGGAAAUGGUCAUUUAAGUACCGAUAUUCGACUGGAGCCGAUGCAAAUGUGGCAAGCGCAUCAUAUUAUUGAAGUGGUGGAUGACGAAUAUGAGAAGCGAAUUGAUGAGCUGGGCAGAUUAUUAGAUAAUCCUCUGCUUCUGUUUAAAGACACUUGCAAACUCACCGAUGUAUAUUCUACGUCGCAUAAAUAAACGCAAGAUUCGGAUAUGGAUUUAA